AUGGAAUACAGUCAGAUAGAGGCCUGGAUCGCCGAAGCCUCUAAAUUCCCCCCUUUCCUCGAGCCCUCAUCUCCAUUGUUAUCUUUGCCGGAGCCAACGACAUCAACCAAGCGCAAGCGACCCCACGAGACCACCAGCAUCAUGUCGCCGCCUUUCAGCGAAGACCUUCCUUUUCCUGUUGACCCGAGAGAUAUAUCGCGACCGGAAUCCCCAACAAAGAGACGCCGCGUGGAUCAAUCCUCAUCCACCUCGGCGCCGAACGCGUCCUUCCCCUUGCGACCAACGACCGACACUCGAUCAGAAUAUUCAGCUGGAACGGGCGAUGGCCAUGGCAAUACCUGGAUGACGCAAUCAGCGCCGGCUGUAUAUAUGCCUCCGGCAACUCCGAGUAAAAAGUCAAGCCGGCGCAGCCCUGUUAGAGACAUGGCCGACCUUGCACUCGCAGAGAAGCACAUCAAACACAUCGUCUUAAAGAGGCUGGACCAACUCACACCGGAUGUUCUGCCACUCUUUGAAAGGUCCAAGGAGGCAUCAGAGCUGCGGAACAUUGUGCCGCGUCAGGUGCACCAUGCCAUCACGGCCGACCGUGGCCCAUUGGAGAAAGCACUUGACGACCAUACCUUUUAUGACGCCGAGUCAUGGGCAAAGGAGCAUGGAGCUAACCCGUGGAACGCUUUCGACGAACUGCAGGAACUUAGGCUGGUGUGUGAGCGAACACAGGAAGCUAUCGAGCUCAACCUCCCCGAACCCUGUUGGAACGCCCGGAUCCACGAACGGCUACUCGACGUGGCCUUGAAACCAUUUGAGAACCUUUCACACUGGGAUGUGACUCGAGCCACCAUCAACAAGCCCUACCUUGGCAAGCAUCGCUCCGGCGUAGACCUCCAGGCCAAGCUCGUCGAUUUCUGCAUAACCCUCAGCGGGGUAACCGUCCGAGACGUCUAUGACCGCCUCGCAGCAGCCAACGACCCCCAGUCCAUCAACCACUCCUCUACUGCACCCCUGCGCUACCAGCCCAUUGCCGUCAGCAUCGAGACAAAGGUGCAGGCUGGCUCGACUGAGGAAGGCAAGGCACAGCUAUCUGUGUGGGCCACCUCGCACCUCAAGAGGCUUCGCCUUCUCUCUGUCACGUCCUCGAAGCACAUCACGGUCGACACGACGCUACCGCUUGUACAGGUCAAUGGAGGUGUGUGGACACUGCUUUUCCUGAGGGACGGCGAGACUGUGCAGCUUAUUGAGACGGUCAUGAUUGGUGAUACAAAGACCGUACUCGGGUGUUACCAAGUCGUGGCUUUUCUACGGCACUUGGGGCACUGGGCUUUGACGGUUUAUAAGAGAUGA